AUUGCAUAUUGUCAUUACGUAUGCUUGGCUGCUUGCUCAAAGCACAACGUUUGAUCAAGGAAGUUGUUUUAUGCGGAAGUAUUUCGAUAUAGAUUUUUACAUCAGGUAAGGUUAAAUAUAAUUCAGUUGUAAGCAACUUGACAUCUCAAAGGUUGUCGAAAUUUUGAGCUGGGCAAAUAACUGCAACCACUGACUAAACAUAAAACAUUAACGAGGUUGUACGCACAAGUCGCGAUGGGAGUCGUUAGUUUUAAUAAUGGUGGUGGUACUAUCCUGAUUUUAGCAAUGAUUUUCAGCACCACUGUUGCAGGUAAAGUCUGGUAGUCUUACAAGUCAAUUCAUUGUUGCAACUGCGCAUUAGAUUGUGCCAGGAUUAUAAAAUUAUUGAAAUUGUAUUCAAGACAGAAUGAUCACUUAAGGUCCGUUGUACAAUAUUUAAAUAUUUAGUUUAGACAGCUAAUUUUUUAAAUCUGAUAAAAUGAUAACAUUUUUCUCAAUGAAAAUCUAUGUUUUCAAAUAUUUGUGAAAGAAACAAUAUCAAACAUAUUUUUAGAAUCGUUGGAUGCAGUGUUGAGCCAUUAACAGUAUUUUCCAUUUGAACGAAGCCUAAGAUGUUCAAAGCUUUGUUAUAGAAAAUUCUUAAUUUCUAGUUCGGUUUGAAUAGCCUAAAUAAACGAAAGUACUCUCCUGCCACUUUAGCCAUGGUUAAAUAUUCUUGUAUGCAGUUUUUCAAACAUUGUCGUUACCGUGUAAUAAAGGCAUCGAAAAUUUUAUUAUAGUCCCUUAAAUCUUUUAAAUCUUAAAUCUUCCUGUAAUGAAAAUAAGAAUUAAGAUUUUUUCUGAAGAAAUAUCUUCUUUUAUUAUAUACACAAGGCAUACACAGGUCUGGAUAUGAGGUAUUCUGUUCUUCGGCCGAAAGAGCGAAGAUAAAAACAUAAACAAAAAUCGAAUAGAAAAAUAUUGAAAACAACGGAAAAGCAAAGUCUAUGAAUUCAGACCUUGUGUAUAUAAUAAAACAGUUAUUCCACUCACUCUCGUCGAAUACGAGCGAUAGCCGAUUCGGCGCUACGCGCCUCAUCGGCUAUCAGCUCAUACCGUAAACCUCCGAAUAUAAGCCCCCCCCCGAAUAUAAGCCCCCAUGUAUAAGCCCACCAUAUGUACUAACGCUCACUUCAUUCCAAAUAUAAGCCCCAAAUAUAAGCCCCCCCCCGAAUAUAAGCCCCCCUGAAAGCAAAAAUUUAAUGACGUCAUGAUAUGACGUCAUAUGAUACAAAUCUAUUGUGUAAACUAAGAAAGUUUACUGAUUUUAAAAUUUCGAUUUCUUUUUCAAAGCUAUAGAAAAUAAAAUAAUAUAUACAAGAAGAUAUAUGAAGAAAUUCGGUCAAAAAUAAAAUAAUCUUAUAAUAAUAUAAGAAGAUAUUAUAAUAAAUAAUAUAAGAAAAUUUGCCAUCCUUGGUCUCAAUUCAGAGUUUCUUGUGAUUUGGUGGUGCAUUAGGCGCUAGAGCAAAUGCCUUUCACUCACUGAGAUUUUCGCUACAGUUCGGUGUAGGAGCUGUGAGGAAAUGUUUUCUAUAUAUUUCUGUAUACUCCAUGUAGUUACAGAAUAACAGAAACAUUUCAUUUUCCCCAAAAUGCUUGCAGGAAUUUUUUCAAAUUCUUCUCUGCAUGUUCUUUUUCUCUGCCACCCCCUCUUCCCAGGAUAUGUAAUGGUUCAAUGAUAUCUAAUUGGUGGGAUUGCGAUGCAGCGCACAACAUAUGAUACACGUGUGAUUUCUUCUCCUGCCCCAGGAAACCCAUUUCAUUGUCAGCGCCAGAAAAACAUCCGACGUGUAACCUAGACUUCAAUAUUAAUUUAACGUUUUCCCCUACAUUAACAGGUGAACAUCAUCUUCAAGACAAAAACAGGUACAAUGUUGUCUUCGAAAUUACCGUGAAAUUGCAUGCCAGUGGAAGUUAAUUUAGGUGAAAUAUGAACUAGACAUUCGAUUCUAACUAGACGCUGGAAAACACACAGACGUUUAUUUAACCUGAAUCCCUUUUUUGAUAGACACCGCAUUAAGGGGCUUAAUGGCUGCUCAAAGAUGAGUGCGCAGUGACGUACAAGUUUUCCAUAGGGGUUAGGUGUCGAUUGGGACGAGAGUCCUGUUCCUUUCCCCUGUCACGAUUUGUCUUUAUUUGACAUUUGUCUUUAAUUAAUUUGUAUCAUGUACAAAGUGACAAAUUCAUUAUAUUAUAUUAUAUUGACGGCCUUACAGACUAACAGUUUUCCUUGAUGCAAAGCUUGUAUGACUAGCUUUUGAACAAAGCUCCUUGUCAAUGAAAAAUUAGUCAAGUUUUUCGUAAACACAGACAAAUAAAACAUGUCAAGGAGAACUUGCUCGUCUGUACAGGGCAGUUUAGGCACCAUUGCGGCUUAAUUGGUGAAUCAUGGCCGGUUCUAAAUUAUUGUACUCAGCCAUUGCCAGGCACAAGCUUUAAAAAAGAUUUCAUGGUCUUGUUCAAUCUUUGUAUAGGACGUGCAUUCCAGCCGAAGCUGAACCAACGCUAAACUCGAGUUCCUGUUAUCCUUUGGUAAACUUUACCCGUCCUUUUUGUCAAAAUCAUGGAAUUACUUUACCCAACUACGUAUUUCAGACGCCCAAAUAUCAGAAUAAAAGAAACGAUCGAGCUAACAAGUACUAUGAUGUAUUGGCGAAGAUAAGCGUAUCAAAAAUAAGCCGCUAUUUAAAAGUUGACAUCAACACUAUUAGAAAGUGUCUACAAGCUUACCCAACUGGGUAUUGUCGUUAUUAUUUUCCAAGUUGUGAUCGAACCCAAAGCGUGUUUAAGGAGCAAAAGUUAUGUCAUGAAUCGUGUCUUGAAUUGACUCAUAUCUGUGGAGAACUGUGGAAAGUGUUUGAAAGGUAUUAUGCAAUUAGACACCCGGGGAGAAAGAAGCCCUUUCGUUGUGAACUACAACCGCCUAGAAACGCUGGUGACUCACCAGAAUGCUGGUAUUUCAAUGGAGACGCAAAUUCUACAGGUAACAUUAUAAUGGGGGCAGUGCGUGGAAGAUCAAGUAACAUUAAAUUAAAGUGUAUAUACACACCAAUUACUAUUUUAUCGUACACCAAUUACUAUUUUAUCAUCAAAAACCUGCCUGCUACUGAAGGUCGAGGGUAGUGAUUUAUUUAGAUGAGUGACUACCUUGCUCUGACUUGAUGUGCUUGAAGACUUGCCCAAAGCCUCAGUGUUGGCAAGCGAGAUGAGAGUUAACUCUCGUCAUGGGCGUACCGGGCGGGGGGGGCGGCAGCCCCCCCCCCAGUUUGUUGGGCAAACAAAGCCAGUCGGGCAAUAUUCGCUCCACAGUCGGGCAAUAUUGGCUUAUUAUAAAAAUGCAAUCGAGCAACGAAAAAUUCGUUGGCUCGAGCGGGAUUUGAACUCGCAUCUUCGGGUAUCUAGACCGCCGCUCUACCUAUUGAGAUAUCGAGUCAACAGGGAUUGGUAGCGAGUCUUAUCCAAUUUAAGUGCACGAAAUAUUUUCGUGACGACUUAACGCUUGUCUUUGAGGACGCGCAGUGUUUCAAUUCUAUUUCAGAACCAUCCUCAGAGAUAGGAAAACUAGUUUCAUAUUAAUCUGACACUGCAAUCGAGCAACGAAAAAUUCGUUGGCUCGAGCGGGAUUUGAACUCAAGCGUUAAGUCGUCACGAAAAUAUUUCGUGCACUUAAAUUGGAUAAGACUCGCUACCAAUCCCUGUUGACUCGAUAGCUCAAUAGGUAGAGCGGCGGUCUAGAUACCCGAAGAUGCAAGUUCAAAUCCCGCUCGAGCCAACGAAUUUUUCGUUGCUCGAUUGCAGUGUCAGAUUAAUAUGAAACUGAUUUGUACGUGUUUCUCUCAUUUGCCUUCGAGGUCAUUCUCCUGGUUUUCUUCCAUCAUUAAAAACUAACUCCUUCAUUUCGGUUGUUCGCCGUGAAACUAACCCUUUCACUUUGAUUGUGCGCCGUGAACAGGCAUCAGCAUGGGCGAUACGAAGACAAUCAUGCACUUAAAUCGAAGAACAGUGUUUCUCGGUAGAGCAUGUAAAGUGGUAUAUCGCAUUACCUGCGGCUCAAUCAACCAUAAUCAUCUAACAAUCAUAUCUAUGUUUAUUGUAACUCGUUUUUGCCUAUUUUUAGAUAAAUUUCCAGCUCCAGAAUGGGAUACAAACGCAGGUAUGCAGCCCAGAGAGCAACUCGAAUAAAAUUUAUAUUAAACCUAAUUUCUCUUACUAGUCAGCGGUCGAGACUUAGCGGGAUGUUGGACGGAGUCGAAGGUUCGUUCCUGCAGUAUACAGCUUUCUGAGUUUGAUCUCAGUCGCCUGAGAGAAGAAAGCUUCUGUGUGUUUUACCAAGCACUGCAGGUUUUAUCCCAUGCAUGCAGUACUCUGAACUUGCUACUCCAAUGACGGGAUGGACAUUUCUGGUGCUCAAGGCAGAACAGUUUAGACCUGAUAGAGCUAUCCAGUGUAAAUAAAGUUUGAUAAUGUAGAAUAUUAUAUGUACAAUGUAUAUAGCAAUACCUGUAAGCAAUGUCAUAUCGCAAAGCUGAGACAAUGAAUUCAUGAGACUAAUAAUCACCUUUCCACACAGAUUGUCUGUACUUAAACGGAAGCAGUUACCAUGGCAACAUAUCUGUGACAGCCUCAGGUUUUCCGUGUCAAUCAUGGACAGAGCAAUGUCCACAUCGUCAUACCAUGAACAAAACAUAUCCAGAACUAAAUAACGCCAAGAAUUAUUGUCGAAAUCCUAAGAACUCAGGACAACGGCCUUGGUGUUUUACUACAGACAAGAACAAGAGAUGGGAGUACUGUGAUAUCCCUAAAUGUAUACCAGGUAUGUGGUAAUUUUCUACUGUGAUAUCCCAAAAUGUAUACCAAGGUAUAUGGCAAUAUUGAACAGUGAUAUCCAGAAACGUAUGUCAGGUAUUAUCAAAAACUACUUUAAAUUGUUGUGAAUUAAUUAUCUGAACUUUUGAGCUGCGGCAUGAAAUAACUAGGAACUUAAAAAAUUGUUAGUUUAUACAGAAAAUUUUAACCAGGCUGUUUCAAAGUUCGUCAACAAAAUCUCAUCGUUUUUCUUUUUUGGAAGUUGAUGGUAACUACGGAAUCUGGUCAUUAAACAGUACUUGCAACGUAACUUGUGGUGAAGGUUUUGGAACAUGGACACGAGAAUGUAACAAUCCUGAACCAAAGUAUGGUGGAAGGAACUGCAGUCAUCUAGGAGAACCUGUUGAGUACAGACCAUGUCCAGCAAAGCCUUGCCCUGGUAAGUCAAUUACUUAUUAAUAAAAAAUAAUUCCAGUUGUACAAAGCGACCUUUAUAUUGUUGUUAUUUUUAGUUAACGGUGGUUACAGCAACUGGACCUUGAGCAUUCCAUGCAGUGUUUCAUGCGGUGACGGAGAGGAAAUAUGGGAACGAUUUUGUAACAAUCCAGAACCAAAAUACGGCGGUCAGAACUGCAGUGGACUUGGAAACUCAACUGAGUUUAGAGACUGUAGCAGAAAACCAUGUCCGAGUAAGGAUUAAGCGUCAAUUAAACUAAAAUUACUAAACUAUAACUUUGUACAAGCUUGCUAUCAGUUCUAAAAUGUCCAAAUGACGCUUUCUGCGCUGGAAAUAAAUUGAAGUUGAACUCUGACAUGUUGCUGAGGCUGGAAGAAUAUGCAUAUCAAAAUUUCAACUCUUCAAUCAACUUUUGAAUAUUCAAAAAGUUGCAAAAUGAACAAUUAGUUUCCGCACGGUUGAUCUAUUAAAUUAAUUUAGUUUGCUCAAAAAGCAGACAAAGGAUGCUGGUACAAAGUUUUUAUUUUCAUAUUUAUAAACUUUAUCAUCAACAAAACGAUUGAAUUAGAUUCAGACAACAGGACUGAGGGGUCCCAAAUUUAAUUAGUCCUACCUACACAUUACAUUGACAAUUUCAAACAAUAGAGACAAGAUUAUUUAUUUAUUUAUUUAUUAACUUCAGCCGUCAACAGAAAUAUACAUGUACAAACAGGAAGACGGUUCAGGAACACUAACACAGCGUGAGCCAAUUACGUUAGUGACCUGUUACAAAACAUCACUAUACAAAAAUUCACAACUUAUAAUUUAAAUAUCAAACAAGAAUAUAGUAUAAUCCUUUUCAUCCGAAGUAGAGAGAGAGCGUAAAAAUUUCGAAAUUUUGGAAAACAAAAUGACAAAAUUGUCAAACAGAAUAAAUGCGAGAAUAUAUAUAGGUUCUGUAUCCGUCGAUAAAAUAAAACGAAAAUGGCGAAAAACCCAACUCUACAUCGCCUCGGAUAAAAUGAAGUAUACUACAUUGAAUAAUUGCCAAAACUGGCUUUAUGACAUUUCAGACAAACUGAUUUCCACGUCUGCGGAAUUUCCUGGUCAAACACGGUUAAUGUUGCGGAGUGGUAAUAGUUUAUAACACGUGAUUUAAUAAAGCUCUGCAAUGAUAGUUCUGGUUUCCGUAGCUCGUCUGGUAAGCAGUUCCACACACGCGAUACUCGUAUAAGAUAACUGUUCUGGUGACAUAGCGUUCUUACUUUAGGAAUGUUAUAUUUUACAAGAGAGUUAUUAGAAGAGCGUAGAUUUAUGGUUGAAGUCAGAGUGUCAACUUCUUCAAGAUUACAAACUUUAACAAAGCUACAACACAAAAUUCAAUGCGUUACAAACCAUCUUUACACUUUCCAAGUUAAUAUAACUAGACAUGGAUCGCACAAAUAUUGCAGUCCUUUCUUAGUCAAUUACAAAGAAGAUUUAUUUAAUUUUCAAUUAUUGUGGCUAUACACACAAAUAAUAAUCUAACAGCGCAAUAUUUUGAUAUGCAUGUUCCAAUUCUUCCAGUCGCUAUGAUUCAACUACAAUUUGUUCCAAUUUAGCGCAAAACGCGUCAUUUGGAUGCGCACUCGAAACUCAGAUUAUAGCCUGUAAGGACCAUCCCUUAUCUAAAAUGAGCCACCACAAAAUGAACUAAUGUUUCGUCCGCUGAGCGGAGAUGAAGUCCCCGAGUAUCAGGUUGGAUCAAGAUGAGGCUUUUUACUAUAAAAAUACAUUGUAUUUCUUCUUAGCAAAGCCAAAACAUUACACGUACGAAAGUUCCACCUUAUUCGGCAUUUCUAUUUCUAGUCGAUGGUUCCUACGGCAACUGGACAACGUCACCAUGCAGUGCCACGUGUGGUGAAGGUGUGGAAAUAAGGAUACGAGUGUGUGAUAACCCCCCUGGAAAAUAUGGCGGAAAUUGUAGCAAACAAGGGCCAGCUCAAGAGAUUCGGACAUGUAAAAUAAAACCUUGUCCAGGUAAGAUCUACCUCUCAUGGUUAUUAGUAAUGAUAAUCCAAUUUUGCCACAAAAGGUGCGUUUCACAAAGCUGAGCAACUAUCAUGCAGUAGCAGUGGCUGGGAAUCUUAGUUCUCUCAAUAUUAAAUUUAAUGCAAUAUACAUUAUACAGCUCAAUUUGUAGCCUACCAAUACUGUACUUUUAUUGUUAAAAAUAUUGUUACAGCUGUUUUUACACGGUUAUGCAGAUAUCAUUCAAAGUCUUUCGGAAAUUGUUGGUGGUUCGUCCCACCCCCACGCCCCCUUCAUAUAAGAUAUGGAUUGGCGUGGACGAACUGUUGUAAGCGAUAGACUUAAUGCCGGUAACACUGGAAUGUCAAGAUUGCCACCACCUCAUUUUAAAAAGUGUAUAAUUUUUGCUUAAUAAUUAAAGGAUCAGAUCGAGAUCACAUGUAUAUCAUGUAAACUUUUCCCCUAACAGCUUCAAAGCUGAGUUUUAAUUUCUUAAACCUCUGAUCACUAUGAACUGUAGGAAGGGAAAAUUAUAUCCAGUCAAAGCUAGGCAAUCAGCUAAAAUUGUCAAUACUAUUAUCGCAACCAAAGAGAGCAAUUGAUAAAUAAAGUCAAAAUGUAAGAGACGCUUUUAGUAUUUGAGUAAACAAAGAUAUUUUAAAUAUUUCAGUCCACUUCGACUCUCAGAUGACUGGCAUCUUCGUUGUUGUUGCUGUUUUUGUGAUCGUCGUAACAGUGGCAUGUUUUAUUUUCAUUCUUCCAAGACGACGUCGAAAAUUAGCAGGUGAGGUCAAGUUCUAAUCUGUUCUAAAUGAAAGAUAAAUUGUUCUAACCUGUCAUUAGAACAAAAAAUUAGAUUAGAAAGAAUAUUAGUAUCAGUCUACUUAGGGCGAUUACAAAAGGGGGGGGGGGAGAUUUUUAACCUGUACUAAUUUUCUUUCGGCGACCGUCCGUUUGUGCCAAUUUUUUUUGCUGAAUAUUAAAAGUAUUUUUCUUUGCUUUCAGUCUAUGCGAUUAUUUUUCCCCUCUGUUUUCCUUUGCGCGAAUAUUUAAACAUUUUCCCAUCACUUUUCUCUUGGUUCGAUCCUAACCUGUCAUUCAUUUCUUUAUGCUAAACUGCUCUCAAUUAAGCGAAAAUUGAAAAUUAUUUAGUCCUUUUCCAAUUUGUCCAUUCCACAUUUAUUUCAAAAUUACAAAUUUUAAUUUCAUUCUAUUUACCGUAGCUAUUCGAGAUUAUGGUGUGCAAAUUACGAUUUUAAGUUCAGGUGACUUGAUCCCUAGCCUCGUCCGCAGGCCUCUCUAUGGGUUUUAGCCUGCGAAUGGGUUUUGAAAAAAUUUUCCAACUGCUCGAUUCCUCGGGUGAGAUGCCUGCGGAGGAGGCUACUUGAUCCCGAACAAAUUAAAUAUUAAUUAUUUGGCUCGUACCUAGAGUCACUCAACUGAGUGGCUUUAGGUACAAGAUUGGAAAUUACUGACCUACAUGUUGAAAUUCGAAUUCUCUAGGCUCUCAUUAUUACGCCCGUUUGAGAUUUUUGCCGCAACGUUCCCGCGGUGCUCAACAGCUGGAAGGCGACAAUACUUCAGGAAAUGUCGCAAUUUCAUCACAAGAGACUGGCACUAGUGAUAAAAUCCUGACAAGUGAAGGGGAGCCAACUCCAGGCCUCUCAGAGAAGUUGGGCAACGUACCACAAGGUGAUGCGGCCGAAAGUGGAGUGUGGGAAAGUAAUAAUACUUAUAGUACAAUGGAAAGACCCGCAGAAGUUAUAUUGCCCAUUGAAAGUGAGAAUGCGUCGACGACAGAAAAUGUUUGAUUUAUCGAAGUAUAGAAUCUUGGUUUAUCUCUUCGUAGAAACUUACUUUCUUUUUCCAGAAAUUUUUAAGAUUAAGUGUAGUACUAAAGGGCUAGGAACAUUUUUUCAUGGAAUUAUAAAAAUGAAAUAAAAUAAAAACUUCAUUUCACUAGUGUCCAGGUUAUUUAAAUUUACAGCUAAUUAGUGACACUAUAUAUCUAAAUUACUGUGACUAUAUGUUCCGUCUUCAUUCUUCAGGACAGUACGAACUUGAAAUUCAUUCCUGCAAUGCGAUUCUCUAUACACAUGAUAUAAAAAUUUUACAAAAUAUAUGACUAAUGCACCAAUUAUAGUGCAAUGGAGCAAACUAGAUACAUUGUUGCGUAGAUUAUCUAACUCCCUCAAUGGGCGAUUUUUUUCAUUGUAGUUAGAAAUUUGGUGGUAGCGUUGCAGUGGUUUGGUAUAAAGAUUUGUAUUCGAAGCACAUCGAUGCAAAUCUGUGUUUGUACGAAUUUACGUAUUUUUAAAUAAAUUACAAUUGUCAUUUGCUUGUAAUCAUGGCUAGAAAUCUGCGACAACAUGGCCGACACGCACGCUUAGCUCCUUUGUAAUGUAAAUAUUAAGUGAAUAAGUUUAAUAACCAGAAAAGCAUUACGUUAACUUGCCUUUUCGGCUUUUGUUGGUCCUAUACAAACCAAAUAUAGACCCUUUUCAUAAAUGGCUACCGAUUAAAUAUUCUUUUAUGUGCAUAUAAAUUGGCCCAACUAGCCUCGUACUCAUGUUAAGAUUUCGAAGAUUUCAAAGGAAUUUCUUUGGGCCAAUUUAUAUGCACAUAAAAGAAUUUUUAAUCAGCAGCCAUUUAUGAAAAGGGUCUAUGACGAUUCCAUAAAUCGAUCUUGAAUGAUAAUCGUCGUAGCUACGUACUUGUUCACGUUUCAGUUCAAAAUUCGAUGCAGGCUUUGUUCCCGAAGCAAAACAAUUUUGCAGUAAUAUGCACAUAUAAUCACGCGCACUUUACUAGUAAUCCAGGUUAUUUUCACGACGAAACCCCAUAAUCGCUUCAGUUUUCAGGUUGAUCGUACAUCAACAUUGCAUUUCCAUAAAUCGUAAUCGAUACACUUUGUUCUCCCCAUGAAUUUUAUCACAAUUUUAUCUAAAGAUAUUAUAUCAAUACUGUUCCCAAGUAGAGGAAAGAAUGGUAUAUUUUGCCUCUAUUUUCCAUUUUAAAAUCGCCUUGUUACUUCGCUAAAUCGCGAUGCAAGCACAUCGAAAUUUUGCUUUUUUUUCAUAUUCUUGUUCGUGAUUCAUAUUCUAUAAAGGUGAGAUAAUAUCAGCUAGUGACAUAAAAUAUUAAAUGUUGGACAUAAUUAUGUCAGUGACAUGAUUUACUUAUCAUUUAGCUAUUGUCCAUUGUCCAACAGUUAAUUUUAAAAAAGUCAUUUAAAGUCAUUAGUCUAGUAAAACAAGCGAGAACUCCACAGGAUAAUAUAAAGGAGUUUGAAGUGUUUGCCGACGAGAAGGAAGCAUGUCUUUAUUGGGCAUAUACAUUUAAAGAGCGUUUCUUUACGUAUUUUCCGGCUUUUCAAUAUGUUCAUUAACAUGAUGUACUGACGGUCCGUGCGCCUGCAUUACAAACCGCUGGCUGUCGCAGAUUUCUAGCCAUGUGGACAUAUGAUUAUUUUGUGAGGAUUUUAUCAAAUAUAUAAUAAUAUAAUAAUAAUAUAUAAUAAUAAUGAUGUAGCUGAUACUUGGG